GGCCAUCCGACCUGACGGACUGGUCUCUCUCUCUCUCUCUCUCUCUCAAACACAUAUACACGCAACACCAGAAGCCUUCAGACUCUCCUAAAUCAGCCCUCAAAGACUCCCAACUCCAUCAGACCCUCUCAGACUCUCAUCCAUGGCCGAAGAAACCCAGACCGUCGCUCAGCCUUCAUCAGCUCCUGCUGAAGAAGUCGUAGCCGUUCCUGUCCAGGAAAAGACAAAAGAUGGCCCACCAGAAAACAAAACCCCUCCCGUAACGGACCCCGACACAGAACCCGCUACAACCGAAGACGUUCCAGUCCCUGAAUCCGUUUCCUUCAAGGAAGAAAGCAAUCGAGUCUCGGAUCUCCAAGACCCGGAAAAGAAAGCCCUUGAAGAGUUCAAGCAACUCAUACAACAAGCCCUGCAAAACCGCGAAUUUACACCUCUGCCACCGCCUCCCAAACCAGAGGAGAAACCCGAUAUUCCUCCACCCGAGGAAAAACCCGCUACGGAAGAGCCUGUGCCGGAAGCUCCCGUUGCCGCCGCCGAAACCCCCAAGCCGGAAUCUGACGUAUCCUCCGCCAGCGUUGCCGAGGAAGAGAAGCCUCCGGCAGUCGUAGAAGCUCCGAAGGCCGAGCCGGUGGCUUUAGUUGCCGAAGUCGUGGAGGUCUCUGUAACGGUCACCAACGACGACGGCACUAAAACUGUCGAGGCUAUUGAAGAGACCGUCGUUGCCGUUUCCGCUCCGUCGGAAUCUGACCCACACACCAAGGAAGCCAAGCCGUUGGUGGCGGCAGCGCCAGAACCGGCUGCAGAACCGGUUCCAGUCGAGCCUGAAAAUAUCUCCAUAUGGGGGGUUCCGCUUCUGGGCGACGAGCGCAGCGAUGUCGUCCUCCUGAAAUUCCUGCGGGCCCGCGACUUCAAGCCGAAAGACGCGUUCGUCAUGAUCAAGAACACUGUCCGGUGGCGGAAGGAUUUCGGGAUCGAUGGCCUUCUGGAAGAGGACCUCGGGACUGAUCUCGAGAAGGUGGUUUUCAUGCACGGGUUCGAUAAGGAAGGGCACCCGGUCUGUUACAACGUUUAUGGGGAGUUUGAGGACAAGGAGCUGUAUCAGAAGACGCUGUCGGAUGAGGAGAAGAGGCAGAAAUUCCUGCGGUGGCGGAUCCAGUUCUUGGAGAAGGGAAUCAAGCAGCUUGAUUUCAACCCUGGCGGCCUGUGCACCCUUGUGCAGGUUAACGACCUGAGGAAUUCGCCAGGGCUCGGAAAGAAAGAGCUGAAGCAGGCUACAAAUCAGGCUCUGAACUUGCUUCAAGACAAUUACCCGGAGUUUGUUGCAAAACAGAUUUUUAUCAAUGUCCCGUGGUGGUAUCUGGCGUUCUAUCGGAUGAUCAGUCCAUUUCUAACUCAGAGGACCAAGAGCAAGUUUGUUUUCGCCGGGGCAUCAAAAUCAGCAGAGACCCUUUUCAAAUACAUAGCUCCUGAGCAAGUCCCAGUUCAGUACGGAGGCCUGAGCAUUGAGAAUGACCCCGACUUCAGCCCUGCCGAUGUGGUCACGGAGGUUACAGUAAAGCCAGCUACCAAACACAUUGUGGAAAUACCUGUUUCUGAGACAUGCCUUCUUGUUUGGGAGCUUCGAGUUCUGGGGUGGGAUGUGAGCUACUGUGCGGAGUUUGUGCCGAGUGCAAAAGAUGGGUACACAGUGAUUGUACAAAAGGCAAGGAAGUUGAUUGCCUCCGACGAACCAGUUGUGAAGAACAGCUUCAAGCUUGGGGAGCCGGGGAAGGUGGUGCUGACAGUCGACAACACCAGCUCCAAGAAGAAGAAACUCCUCUACAGGUCGAAAACCAAGAGAUCUUCUGAUUCCAUAUGAAGGUGCGAGAUAUAAACAGAUGACAUGAAAGCUCUAGUUGUACUCCUUCCUUCUUCUGAUUUCAGUGGAAUUACUGCUAGGAAGAUGCAAAUUU